UGGGACCUCCGGACAAACUACACCCGAUGGACUUCCACCAUCAGGUUCUACACCGGCGACGAGCUCCGGUUCCAGUACCCCGCUGCGGCGCACAACGUGGUGGAGGUGACCAAGACUGCCUACGACAACUGCAGCAGCUCUAGUCCCGUCGCCACGUUCCCGAGCGGCAACGAUGUCAUUCCGCUCGCCGCCGUCGGGACCCGGUACUUCAUCUGCGGCCUGCCGGGGCACUGCGCCGGUGGCAUGAAGGUACAGGUCAACGUCCAGUCCAAGGUAGUGAGAUGCCGAAGGAGAGGGGUGAGGCAGCGGUGCACACAGACAACGCCACAACCGAGCUCGGCAGCUCAGGCUGGUGCUGAGCCUGUACUAGCGCUCGGGCUGGCCGCCCUCGUGGCUGGCUUGACGCUUCUCUGUAUGUUGUUGGGAUUGCAAAACGUAUUGCUCAUGUGCAAAGGCACGUAUAUAUGAUGUAUAAGAGGUG